GUCACCUGACUGAUCGUGUGAUGUUUGAAGCAGGAAGUUCCGGGCUUUAAAGCUUGAGAUUACACAUCAAAGAACCACAUGACUCCUGCAUAUAAAUAUAUAAAUAUAUUUACACAUAUGAGACAUGAGGCAUGUACAAGAUGCCUGGAGCUGCUUGUCUGUUUUUUGCGUGUGCAUAGCGUUUCCCGCAGUGUUUUUCAGCAGCGUGCAUUGUGUCGGUGUGGGAGUGUAUGAGUUAGUCCUGGACGGGACAUGGCACUUACAGAACUCUAAUGGCUCUGUGUCACUCAUGGCACAAGUACCUGGAUGUGUCCAUACAACACUGCAGCAACAACAACUUGUUGAGGAUCCAUACUAUCGGUUUAAUGACCUGGCCUACCGAUGGAUCUCUCUAGAUAACUGGACGUACACCACUUCAUUCUCUGUGCCUGAUCAUGUCAAAGAGAGCAGACGAGCUGUUCUCGUGUUUGAAGGCGUGGACACAAUCUCCACUAUAUCUCUAAACGGAGUUGUCAUCGGAAAGACAGACAACAUGUUCCGGAGAUAUGACUUUGACGUUACAAGACUGCUUAAGGACAUUAAUGCUCUGGAAGUCUGGCUCAUGUCAGCUGUGACCUACGCAGCAGCACGAAGUAAAGCUCACACCUCAUACAAAGUCCCCCCAGAAUGUCCUCCUGCUGUACAGAAAGGGGAGUGUCAUGUAAACUUUAUUCGAAAGGCACAGAGCUCAUUUAGUUGGGACUGGGGGCCAUCUUUCCCCACUCUUGGCAUUUGGAAGGGUGUUCGUCUACAAUCAUUUAAUACACUCAGGGUGUUGAGUUUUACAACUAAUCCAAAAUAUGACUCUGUUCUGUCAUGCUGGACUGUGGAAGUAGAGAUGUUCUUUGAUGUUACUGCAGCCUCAAAAGGUGUCAUCCAUGUGUCUAUGCCACAGUUACAGUCAGAGGCGAGAUUUCCCCUUUUUCUCACACCUGAACAAAGCAACACAUCUGUACUUCUACAGAUCAACCAGAAUGUUACAGUUGAUCUGUGGUGGCCCUUUGGACAUGGUCAACAACCUCUGAAUGAUCUUUUAAUAGAUAUCAAAAUGGAGAAUGGAGAGCUAUUUCAUGCAGAGAGAUUGGUUGGUUUCCGUACUGUGGAGCUGGUACAGGAACCUAUUCCUGGUUCUUCUGGGCUCAGCUUUUACUUUCGUAUCAAUGGGCAACCCAUCUUCCUGAAAGGCUCGAACUGGAUACCGGCUCAUGCUUUCCAGGACCAGAUUACUGCAGUCAAUUUGACUCAACUGCUCGUGUCUGCACAGAUGGCAAAUAUGAAUGUUUUGAGAGUGUGGGGAGGUGGAAUCUAUGAACAAGACCUCUUCUAUAUUCUGUGCAAUCAGCUAGGGAUCAUGGUUUGGCAAGAUUUCAUGUUUGCGUGUGCGCUGUAUCCUACAGACAAAGAUUUUAUCGAGUCACUGGGAGAGGAAGUUAUCCAACAGGUGAGACGGCUCAAGUCGCAUCCCUCUGUUGUCAUCUGGAGUGGAAACAACGAGAACGAAGCAGCUAUAGCAACCAAUUGGUUUUUAAUUUCUCCUGCUGAUAAGCCUCGCUAUGUGAAGGACUACAUUCAGCUGUAUGUGGAGAAUAUCAGAGAGAUUGUACUUCAGGAGGACAGCACAAGACCUUUCCUUGUGUCCAGCCCAACUAAUGGUGUAGAGUCGGAGAAAGAAGGCUGGGUGGCUAAGGACCCCUAUGACAAUCAUUAUGGAGAUGUUCACUUUUACAGCUACCUGACCGAUUGCUGGGACUGGAGGACAUUUCCCCGAGCACGCUUCGCCUCCGAGUACGGUUUUCAGUCCUGGCCAUCACUGUCCACUCUCAGUAAGGUGUCAGUCUCUACAGACCAGGAUUUCAGCAGCGAGUUCUCAAAACAUCGACAGCACCAUGAGUUUGGAAAUCAGCAGAUGCUUCAGCAAGCAAUGUUGCAUUACAUCCUUCCCAACAAUACAGACCUCGGGCGUCGAUACCGAGACACUAUAUAUAUCACCCAGGUUAUGCAGGCCCAGUGUGUGAAAGCGCAGACAGAAUUCUACCGCCGCAGUCGCAGCGACAUUGUUGGUGGUGAAGGGCACACCAUGGGUUCGCUGUACUGGCAGCUGAAUGAUAUUUGGCAGGCUCCUUCUUGGUCCUCUAUAGAGUUUGGUGGAAAAUGGAAAAUGCUGCACAAUUUCGCUGUCCGUUUCUUUAGUCCCCUCAUAUUGGUAGGGGUUGAGGAUAACGGAGACUUGCUCAUCUACGCUGUCUCUGACAGAAACACAGACUGUUCUCUCAAAGUUACUGUGAAGUUAUACCAGUGGAAUAGUUUUACUCCACAGUGUUCUUUGGAGUCUGAUCAGGCAAUAGUGAAAGGAGGUGGUGUCACAAAGGUGUUUCAGUCUCCAGUCUCCAGGGUACUAACGAAUUGUGGAAACUGCACUCGGAAAUCAUGUGUCGUCACCUUUGUCCUGAGCGGCCCGGAUGGUGUACCAAGUCCCUCCAACCACCUGUUCCUCAGCUCACCAAAAGAUGCUGAAGGCCUUCAAAAACCGAACAUCACAUUCACUGUGGAGGAUGCUAAAAGAAGGAUCAUGGUGAAUCUUUAUUGUUCUUCACCUGCACUGUUUGUAUGGCUGGAUGCGGACAACAUUCCCGGAUUCUUCGACGAUAAUGGUUUUUUGAUGAUAUCUGAAAAAUACACUGUUUGGUUCACAAAACUGGGAGCCACCACUUUACAGGAGUUCACUGCCAAGCUGCAAAUUACUUCCCUCCGAGACAUCUACUGAGUGUCUUGUGUUGGUGUGAAUGAGCAGAAAUUAAUUAUUUGCAUUUCAUUUUGAACACAUUGAUUCUGUGGUGUACUGUGGUACAGUGUUAUGCUCUGGGGUCCCUGAUUUGAUCAUGAGCAUGAACCAGUGUGUAAAAAUGUACGCAGUGCCUUGUAAUAGACUCCCGUCUCAUACUGGACUCUUGGAUUGCAGUCUUGAGAGUCAUUCAUUUUAUAUAAAAAAAAUUCUAAUAUCAGAAAUCAGGUUGUUCUGAACGUGUUUUUGUUAUUCUUUUGUCAGCUUUGUCAAUAAAAAUGGAAAAAAGGC